AGAAGUAUAAAUGAUUCGUUCUUCCAGAUGAGGAAAUGAACAAAACAGUGUUUAGUGUAUUUUUCGGACAGAGGAAAGAAGACAAGGAGACUUGGUGGUGGAAUGAGGAAGUACAGGAAAGUAUUCAAAGGAAGAGGUUAGCAAAGAUAAAGUUGGAUAGUCAAGGAGAUGAAGGAAGUAGACAGGAGUACUGGGAGGCCAGGCGUACAGCAAAGACAGAGACGUGAACUCGUAAAAUGUCUGCUUACGUAAUUACGUAGCAGUGGUUACGCGCAGAAGCUGGGUGUGAAGAUGGCGGACGAGGAGGCCGAACAGGACCGUAGUCCUGCAAACGGUAUUAGUGAAACGAUUGAGGAACUUAGACAGCGGUUGCAAGGACUGCAAGAAGUCCUUAGUAGAGAAACCAUCGACUCUCCAGACCAGUCGUCUUCUGAGUAUUGCCAAGAGUUUUGUAGGACGCUGUUGGAGUAUGCAGGUCGUUGGAGGAUAGAGGAAGAGCCUUUGCCUCUGGUCAGAGUGUACAUAGUCGCCCUGCUGAAUUACGCCCAUGCCUCCCCGUACCUCUCUCUGCAGUGUGAAAAUGUUUCUCUUGUCAUUGAGAGGCUCUCACUGAGUUUUCUGGAGCUUUUACUCUCACUGAAGGAUUUUCCAGAUAGUUUGUGGAACGAACUGAAGUUAUCUGUUCAGUUGUCUCACAGCAAGCUUCAGCAGAAUGGAAUCACUCAGCUGUCCCUGUUGUCUGCUUUGGGCCGGUACGAUGGGGUUUGGUCUGACGGGACCCUCCAAGGCCUUCUGUCCAAUGAAAACCUUCCAACAGAACAAGUUGAGGAUUUCCUCGCCCACGAGGGGCAUGUGUUGUUGGAGAUGAGAGUCAAGCAGCUGAUGAAGGAGAAACAGCUGGAGAAGGCUGCACUGCUGGCAAAGACCUGCUGCGAGUACCCGGCCUUCAAAGGGAGCGGAGCUUUCAAGCAGAUGUAUCUUGUCUGCCUCUGUGGCACUAAAGAACAAAACCAGCUUAUGGAGGAGCUUUCAAAGGAGGACUGCCGUGAUGCAUUAGAGAUGAUUUGCAACCUGGAGUCAGAGGGAGAUGAUGGUGCAGCUUUCAGUUUAUGCUCAGCCUUCCUGACCCGGCAGCUUCUUCAGAGAGACACAUACUGUGCUUGGGAGCUCACUCUGUUUUGGAGUAAGCUGCUGAAGCGAUUGGAGCCAUCAGAGCAGGCCUUUCUUGACAGAUGUCGCCAGAUGUCUUUACUCUCAAAUACUGUGUACCACAUCCUGUUCCUCAUCAAGGUCAUUCAGUCAGAGAUUGACCAUGUUGGCCUGUCAGCGUGCAUCGAAAUGUGCAUCAGAGCUCUACGGCUGGAAUCAGGUGACGGGAACAGUAAAGCCACUGUGUGUAAAACAAUUUCCUGUUUGCUUCCAACUGACCUGGAAGUGAAGCGAGCCUGUCAGCUGACGGAGUUCCUCCUGGAACCCACUGUUGACUCUUACUAUGCUGUGGAGACUCUUUACAAUGAACCAGAUCAAAAACUAGAGGAGGAGGAUUUGCCGGUUCCCAACUCACUACGAUGCGAGCUCUUGCUAGUUUUGAAAACCCAGUGGUCUUUUGACCCAGAGUUUUGGGAUUGGAAAGCAUUAAAGCGUCACUGCCUGGCACUAAUGGGUGAAGAAGCAUCAAUAGUGUCAUCGAUUGACUUGCUGAAUGAUACUGAGAGUCCCGAAGAAGAGGAUGACUUCAUGAGCCUAAAAGAGUUUAAUAAUAUUCCAGACCACUUGGUCACUGGCACCUAUGAACUUAAAGAUGUUACAGACAGGAAACAGAAAAACAGAGAAAUGAAGAAACUGAGAGAAAAGGGUUUCAUAUCUGCCCGGUUCAGAAACUGGCAGGCCUACAUGCAGUACUGUGUGCUCUGUGACAAAGAGUUUCUCGGCCAUAGGAUUGUACGGCAUGCACAGACUCAUCUGAGUAAGGGAAUGUAUACCUGCCCAAUAUGUACUCAAACGUUUACCUCAAAAGACACAUUAAUUCCCCAUGUAACAUCGCAUGUUAAACAGUCAUGCAAGGAAAGGCUGACUGCAUUGAAAACAAACAAGAAACUGGCUAAUCCAAAAACAGCUGCCCCCGUUAUUGCAGCGUUUGAAGCCAAAACACCACACAAUCUUUAUGUAAAUAGUGAUCCCUCAGGGCGUAAUGGGGGGGUGGCUUAUAACGAUCAGGCCAGUGUGGCUAGGUUUAACACAGAGUGCAAUGAGGACAAUAUGUGCCCUGUUGGAAAAUGCAGGAGGAGCUUCAAAUUUUUCAAAAAUCUUAUUGCACAUGUUAAAGCUCAUGGGGACAACGAGGAAGCAAAGACUUUCCUUGAGAUGCAGAGCAAAAAGGUUGUUUGCCAGUACUGCCGUCGUCACUUCAUAAGUGUCACCCACCUUAAUGAUCAUUUGCAAGUCCACUGUGGCGCAAAGCCUUACAUCUGUAUACAGCUGAACUGCAAGGCAAGUUUCCUUUCCAACACUGAACUCCUCAUACACAGGAAAACACAUUCUGUGUUUAAGGCAAAAUGCAUGUUUCCAAACUGCGGAAAAAUUUUCAAUGCGGCCUUCAAACUUUAUGACCACGAGGCACAACAUUAUAAAACUUUUACUUGUAAAGCUUUGGACUGUGGAAAGGUAUUCCAUUCACAACAGCAGCUGGAUUUGCACCAGGAGAAGCAUGCUACUCAAGAAAAGGAGCGUCAGUCCUCUGAACAGACCUCAGAAAAUAUGCAACCUGGCCCUUCACUAACUGAACAAAUGCUGCAGGAGAAUCUCCAAGAGAACUGGAGCACUGAAAGUGAUAUUAAUCGAGAUCAUGGAAGGCUGCCAGUAUCCACUGAGAGUUUGCUGACGUCUUCACAAGAACCUGUGGACACCUUAGGACAGUACAGAGCCAAACAUGAAGAUACAGCUUUUUCAAGUAGCCAGACACAAAAGUUAAGUAAUUCUGUGAUUCAGUCUGUGUGGUCCAACUUGUCUGAAACUAAAAGGGACAGAGAAUAUUUGGUUGAUUAUCAAAAAGCACCCCAACAGAAUCAGUCUGUACCUUCAUUUUUAGCCAAUUUAAGUAAUGCAGUUGGUUACAGCUCUAACUGUAACUUACAAUUGCCAGUACAGCAAGAGCCAGUGUGUACUAGCAACCUGUUAACUGCACAGCUGCCACAGAACUCUGUAGCACCUGCAGUCUUGCAGCCACUCCCUUCAACAGUAAGCCCUCAGCAGCUAACUGGGAACAGAGCAGAGACCUCUGUAACAUGCUCGACUAGCACAGGUCCCCCUCCAGAACACAGAGAGCGAUUUCAUUGUGCAUUAGAAACCUGUCCAAGGCACUACAGCUCCUACAGGAGUGUUACCAAGCACAUGAAAGCAGUUCACCCAGAUUUCUAUGAGCAAUGGAAAGUUGCUCGAACUGACAUCAAAAUAACCUACAGUCCAGCACAGAGCAAAUCAUCUGUUGAGCGUCUCCGUUCAGUCUCACAGCUUCAGAACCAACAAAGCAGCAGAGUGCCAGCUCAUGGGGUUCAGAGACAGAAUGUUAUCCAGUCGCCUCCUUAUACCAACAGGAGUACCAGCUUAAACUAUCCGAACCUGCAUUCGCUUUCUCCGCCAGGCCUCACCCAGAAUGGUUCGCUGCUAAUGGCAAAUGUUUUGGAUCCCAUUGUUCUCUCUCAGUUAGGAAGUGAUAGAAAUCCCAUAAGUGAACAGCCUCAGGUUUCAGGCAGUCACAGUUGGCACUCUGGAAGUGAGCAAAUUCACAACUGUGACUCUUCUGAAGUCUAUCCAUCUAGUUUGCAGGCGAUCCCGCCAAUGACUUCUACCAGUGCUGUUGUGCCCCAUAGUGUCCCGUCCUGUUCUAUGAUGGCAUCAGUAAUGGACAAACCAGCAGAGUCCUUUCAGUCACCACAGAACAGUAGGCCCCAGUCAGUUCUUCCCUCAUAUGUGAAUGGUGCAAAGGAACAGUUGCAACAAACUGAUGCCCAUCCACCAUAUACAGCACAGAUUCAAAGUAGUUUAGUCCCUGGUCCCAAGAUACCAGACAAAACAAAAACAGUGCAAAAUCAUGUGCAGAUUAAAUUUCCUUCUUCAGACAAUACAAUCCAAGACAGUAGCAUAAGCCAACCUAUAAAUGGCCCUGUCAUCGCUGAAGAUGAGACGCGACCGAGAAAAAACAAAAGGAUCAAGUGGCCAGCCAUUAUUAAGGAUGGUAAAUUUGUUUGCCGUAGGUGUUUUAGACAGUUUGAUAGUCCUAAAUCUCUGGGAGGCCACUUGUCCAAACGUACAAUUUGCAAACCAUACAGUGAGUCAGAACUGAAUGCAGAUGUGCCAAGAUCAUUCCUUGAUCUUACUUCAGAACAAACAGUUGGCACCCCUCAGCUGUCUUACAAUCCUGCUGCUGUGUACCAGGAGAAGCGUCAUCAGUCUGUAACAAGUGCUUCAGCAGCAGCAAAAGAUUUCCCCGCCCCUAAUUAUUCACAAGAUAACUUGCAAACAUAUGGCAGCAGUGAGGCAAAUGAUGAUAUUCUCAAACAAAUUAUGACUGAAUCCAAUAUGUCUGAUCUCUUUGUGCACACACCUGCCCCCCCAACAAUGUUCCAAAACCCCUGUGUUCCCUUGGGAGCUGGUGAGCGUUUGAUGGGUACUUCAGUAAUACAGCAUACAGAAAAUGUUCAGCUGAAGCAAGACGAUAACUCGUACAGUACAGCUCAUUAUCCUCAGCCUGGUAUGGAUUUAUUUGCUGGAUCUGAAUUUCCUGACCCACUACUUUCGCAGAUCCUCACAGAAAACCCUUCUGCCGCUGUCCCCGGCAGUGUCCCUACAAACCACAUGACACCCGGGGAAAUCCGCAACGAAGGAUAUCAGCCUGACAUGGCUGUUCAAACAGCAGAUCCAGAUUCAAACUCAGUGACACAAACACUGAUACCUGAAAGUCAGCUUAGUCCAGCAGCAAUAAGUGGCAGUCAGACUGAAGUGCAGAGGAAAGCUUUUGACCACGAUAUUAAAAGGAGACUGCGUGAGCAGAUUUUGGCUGGCGACCUGCAGCGUCGGAACAGCAUGUGUAACUCUGCCAGCGCUGAUGCUAAAGCCUUUUCCAUGCCACUUGACCCAGCAUGUAGCUCUUCCAAUCAUUCUGGAUUUCAUCCAUUGACACUUAAUGUAAAGACUGAUUUUGCCAGUCAAGGACAAAUUGUUGAAGAAAAUUCUGUAGUUAUGCCAGGGAGCUCUGGUGAAAUUGAACUACUGCUGAACACACGAAGUUUUACUUGUUUCAGAGAGACUGCUGCUACACCACAACAUGAGGUACUAAGCCCUACAGGCAUUGGGGCAAAUGAUCCAGAUCCAGAAUCCCCUCAGCUGCCAGCCAGCCAGCAGCAGUAUAUGACUGAAAUUCAAAGUGCAUUUGAAAGGCUGGACUUGGUCAGACAAAUCCCUGAUCAAAUGGCAGCUUCUCUGCAGCAAGCUACAAACGGUCAGAGCAAAUCUGCUAAAGUCAAACCACGUAGAUCAAUGUCAUCAACCUUGGUCAAACCAUUCGCUUGUGAGAAGGAGAACUGCACCUUUAGUUCCGUUUCUAGUGAAGCACUUUGGAAACACCUCUCUAAAACGCACAACUACACACUUCAGAUGGUGAAUGUUGUUAAAAAAAGAUAUGGUCUGUAUGCUCCUUUCAAGUGUCAGAAAUGUAGUAAGGCAUUCACUCGUAACUCAAAUCUUCGAGCUCACUACCAGUCAGCUCACAAAUUAUCAGCUAAAGAAAUCGCUGAUCUGGAUAUGAAGCGCCGGCUGGACAAAGAUGCUCUAACUGCUGCGAUUCAGAACCAGUCUGUGGGUGUAAACCAGGCUCCAGAGCCUCAGCACAACACAACAGCAGAAAACAGUGCACGGGUGUAUCCGCUCCAAGAUGCCGUGAAACAGGAAUGCCCAUCACAGGUGUUGGUACCAUGCACUAACGCAGUCAUAACUAAUCAUAAGUUUCAGCAAGACAGUCGCUCCACAGUUAUCUAUCCUUUGCAAGCAGCUCACAUGCACAACCGAGCAAUGGCUCCUCCAGUGCAGGGCCAGACUUCCACGAUGGCAGAAGAACAGUGCUUACAUGAACAACACAGAAACCUGCUCAAGCAGCCCAAUCAGCACGCAGUGGGCCAGCAGGUCGGAGACCCCUUACCUGCAGUGUCGCCUUUUCUCACCCAGGCUCUUACCACACCACAGGCUAAGGGGCCGCGGUCUGUCAGCAAGCAGUCUGCUUUCAGCAGGCAGUCAAUAGUUCAGCCAAGUAUAGAUAGUACCAAGAAGACUAAAGAGAGGAAGCCCAAGUCAGGCGAUGCAGUGAGUCCCUACAGACCGUAUCGCUGCGUCCAUCAAGGCUGUGUGGCAGCUUUCACCAUCCAGCACAAUCUGAUCCUCCACUACAGGGCUGUUCACCAGUCUGCUCUGUCAGCACUGGAGGUCAACAAAGAGCAAGACCAGAGUGAGUGUCUGAAUGACAUGAUGGACCACAAGGAGGAGGAGGAGCCAGAGGCAGAGUUCCCUCAAAUUUCUGAGUUCAGAUGCCAAGUCAAAGACUGUUGCCGUGUUUUCCAACAAGUUUCCAACCUCUUUCAGCAUUAUAUCCAGCUCCACGAAUUUGGUCUUGAUAAGGUUGGCAGUCUCCUGUCCAGUAUCAAACUUGGCAAGUUUUCUUGUGGCCAUCAAGGAUGCAAAGCAUCCUUUACUGCUUUCCGGAGUUACAUUGGGCAUAUCAAAGAUGAGCACAAAGAUAUAAAGCUGGCCAAACCAGAACAAUUGAAUGGUUCUUUCAAGUGUGAAAUUGAAGGCUGUGACCGUUCAUAUGCCACAAAGUCCAACCUGCUCAGACAUGUGAUGAAAAAGCACCAGGAUCUGCACCAGUCUAAAUUAAAAAGUCAACAAAUAACAGAAGAUGGAGCAAAACAGAAUUCAAAGACUUUGCAUUACCAAAUUACUAAGACGAGUAAUGGGAAAGAAAACAUUGAAACUAAUAAAAAGCUUAUGAAGGCAAGUGACACAAAGAGGGUUAGCAAGUCAAAGAGCAACCACUGGGUUAAAUAUGGAAAACCCUCCCUGAAAUCUAAACUGGAGGCAUCUGCUAUGUGCACGAAGAAAUUACCUCUGCAGUAUCCCUGCAUGAUCAAAGGUUGUGAGUCUGUCAUGAAGUCAGAGCGGAGUAUACUGAAACAUUACAUUGGCCAUGGACUUUCAGAAAAGUACCUGGAACAGCACAGAAGUCAUUUCAUCUUCUGCAAAAAGUUCUCCAGGCAGAAGUGCCGCUCAAUCAGGAGCGAUGACUCCAAAUCAGACAACACCUCAGACAUGUCGGACAAUGAGACGGCAGCUGACACCAGCCUGGAAGGUGGAGAAUAUGGAUAUUCAAAGCCUGUCCUACGCAGAAGGGCCGCAGCAGGGAUCCCUGUAACGUUGUUUGACAGCAAAUUAUCAAAUGACGAAAGCUCUGAUGGCUCUGUGAUGAUCAAACGCAAGCGAGGACGCCCACGAAAACUCAUUGAAAAAAUUGUGAAACGCAAGAAGAUUCCACAUCCGCCCAAGGCGGACAUGGUUUACAACGGGGACAAAGAAUUGGUCUCCUCGUGUCCUGCUGUAAUGCAGGAGGAGAGGACCGAGCAGAGCGUGCCGCUGGCCUCUUUUAAACCAAUGGGAUUUGAAAUGUCUUUUUUAAAAUUCCUAGAACAGUCGAAUAAAUCCGAGCACCCCUUGAUGAGGAAUGUCACAGUGACAGCAAAGUGCAGGCAUCCAUUCAGCGUGAGCACCAAAGGCAACUGCAUCAGGUUCAGCAACCGUCAGAACUUGAAAUCACUUAGCAAGGUUCGAAUCAAUCUGGACUCAGCCUUUUCCUCAUCUGUCUCUGACCUCAUGCUAAAACAGCUGCAGGACAUGCGCCCUGCUGUGUUGUUGGAAAAGUAUGAUUAACAUGUGGCUUUGUUUUAAAGCAGAAUCUCAGGACUUGAAUGAGUAAACUCUGCUGCCCACUGGUGCCCUACAUAUACAGUUUUUUACACAUCCAUCUAUAAAAAGUUGCGUUACAUGAUAAUGUUACCUGUUUUUUUUAGAGGGAGAGAAAUGGUAAAGCAUGUUUUUAAUUCAAGAAAACAUUUUGCUUUGGUGAAACAUCAGCGUAGGGCGUCUUGAUCAUCCCUGUGGGACUUGGAGACAGGUGGACUGAAACUGAUUGUUGUGUGUAGUUUGUGCUUUGAGGAUCUUUGUGUUGUGUAUAUAGUUUGAAAUCACCCACUGCCACCAGCAGUCUUACUAUUAAACUGUUUCUGUUUUUUACAACCAGUUUUACUGUGGGUUUGCCUUUCAUGGUGUACAGUCUGGAGCUCCUGCAUGCACACUGAAUGGAAACGAUUUUGUUGAAGUUCCUGAAUGAUAAACAAAUGUUCAUAUUAAAUGUUCACCAGUGUUUUGUAA